AUGGCGUACCGGUCCAGAAGGACGGGGAGCAGCAUGGACCUUCAGAAUUGUCAUGGGAAGGAAUCAAUCUGUCCAUGGAAGACACCACGUCGAUCCUGCCUCGGCUCAAGAGGAACUCUAAUGCGUACGGCAUCGGGGCUCUGGCUAAUGCUUCUCUGUCAGGUGUGUCAGGUGUGAGCCGCACGAUGAAGGAGCGAGUGACGAAGCCCACCGGCAUGGCGCAGGGUCGCGUGGCUCACAUGAUCGAGUGGCAGAACUGGGGCAUGUCGACGGUGGGACCAGGAGGCGUGCCGCUGCCCCGGAUCACCACCGAGGAGCGGGAGAAGGAGCGGCGGCUGGAGAGCGACGCCUACAGCGACCUGAGUGAAGGAGAGAAGGAGGCGCGCUUCACUGCAGGGAUCCUGCAGCAGUUUGCAGUCACCGAGGCGACGCUCAUAGCCUGGGGCUCGAUGGACGGAGAGAGCACUCGGUCGGGAUCAAUGAUGGGCAGCGUGGCCCGUCUGAGCGAGGUCAACCAGGAGAGCAUCACCAGUCGAGAUCAGAUCUUGCACCACUCCUCAGCGGAUGUGUGGCCCCACACUUACGUCUCCCAGGGCCACUACUGCCUCUCCUCGUCCGACGCCUGGGAGCCCAUGAACAAAGACUCCUCCGGCGUGGUGUCCUCCCCGGCCGGCUCCUAUGUCCUCGGGCCUGAGGGCUACGAGGGCCAGGCGGCGGGGUGCUUCCUGUCGCAGCAGCAGCAGCAUCAGCUGACGCUCCAGCAGCAGAACCAGCUGCAGCAGCUGCAGCAGAUCCAGCAGAUCCAGAGCUACCAGCAGCAGCAGCUGCUGCAGUACCAGCAGCAGCAGGUGAGUCACCUUCUGUGGGCGUAG